CAUCACGCACGAACCCCUCUUUUCAGAGCCUGUUCGUGGCCGCCGCCACCUAGGUCGUCGUUGCUGUCGAGUCGCCUCUGCGCCGCCGUCGCUGGGUGUCGCCGCCGAUCGGUCCCUGCCAACGUAGCCAACCCGGGGGACUUUCCCUCCACUGGUUCUUGCUGCGCCGUGUAUGCCUGCAUCGGGAUCGCGCCACUGUUCCAGCAGUUUUCCCCCAGUUAACCGCCAAAGUGCUGACGAGUCACAAACUUCGAGAUGGUGGUGGCAGCGACGGGGAAGCGGAAGCGAGAUCUUUCCGAGGACGAGGUGUACCUCAUCCUCCACAAGUACUCGCCCGCGACAAUCCUGACGGCGCUUCAGGAGGUGGCGCAGCACGCGGAGAGAAGGAGCAUCGACUGGAGGGCGCUGGUGGCCAAGACGGCCACGGGGAUCACCUCUGCCCGCGAGUACCAGAUGCUUUGGCGCUACAUGGCCUACCGACAUGCCUUCAUCGAGAAUGCCGAGGAUAUUGGCGCGCAGCCUCUGGGUGAUGAGAGCGACUUGGAAUGUGAGAUUGAACCCUUUCCUAAGCCGAGCAACGAAGCUGCAGCUGAGGCCUCACGGUUCGCCAAGAUCUUAAUCUAUGGACCUUCACGUGAGCAAGGUUCUAGUCAUCGUGUUAACUCAGAAGUUCCUCUACUAAACACUCCAAAUGAGAAGAUACCGCGUGUUCCAUCUGACAAACAGCUUGCUCAGAGCCAUCGUCCACCAAAUGGUCCAGGUCCAAUUUCCAACUCAAAACAGGCAUCCCAUACAGGGUUAUCUCCUGAUCCUUUUGAUGGGAAUGGACCUCAUAAAAAGACAAAGAAGCAUAAAGCAUGGUCUAGCAAGGAGGAUGCAGACUUAAUGGAUGGUGUACAUACGUGUGGUGAAGGAAAUUGGCUGAACAUUCUGCGUAAAUAUAACUUCGAUAGCACAAGAACUCAUGUUCAAUUGUCUCAGAGAUGGGCAGUCAUUUGCAGGCGUCAAGGAACAACCAAGCCGGCUAAAGCUAAAUCAGAGUUCGAUAUAAAAGCUACUCAAAAGGCAUUCUCUAUGGCUCUUGAUAUGCCUAUGGGGAAGCCUGGUGGAUUAUCUACAUUAAGAUCAGGAGCUUCACAACAAAGCACUCAACAUCCUGCUCCAGUAUUCGUUGCUGCGGCACCUGAGUUAAAAUGUGCAACAUCCUCUUCAUCAUUCCCGUUGCCAGUACCAGUGCCAGCACAAGGGCAGAUUCCACUUCCUCGGGUGCAACCAGCUCCUGCUCAAGCUGCACCCUCAAAAGUGUCAAAUACUUCAAACAAGUCACGAAAUAGCUCUAAGAAGCAAACUGCACAAGCAAAUCCUACAAAUGCUCCUUCCUCGAUACAGGCUGCAGCUAUUGCUGCUGGUGGACGAAUCGCCCCAGCAAGCAUCGCCACCAAUUUAUUGAAAGCUGCACAAUCCUCGCAAGCUGUGCACAUAAGAUUUCGAGGAAAAGGAUCUUCAAAAACUUCUACAAGCUCUAAAGCAUCCACUAUGGCUGGUGAGCCUGGAACACAGCUUGGUAGUGCUCAACACCCAGAACUUCCAAACUGCAGUGCCCCUACACCAUCUCCUCCGGUUUUGAUAACACAGUCAAUCGAGCAAGUUAAUGUUGUGUCAGAAGUUGCAGGAGUUAAUCCCUUGGAACAAUCUGUUAGUGCACAUUUGUUGGAACCUGAUAGAGCAUUUAGCACCGCAUCAGUGUCUGGCCCAUGCGACAAUAUGGUGAUGGACGACGACUCUACAUUUUGUGCAGUCACGAUGGAGGAUUUGUUUCCUGAAGAUGUGAAGCAGCCGGAGAUGGUGAAGCAGCCAGAGAUGGUAAAGCAGCCUGAGAUGGUAGACCCCAAAGCUGAGGAGAGCAUAGAUCCCAAGGAUGCUGACAUGCUGGAGUUCGAUCGCUUUGUUGCCCAAGGUUGCUUGACUACAGAUUGUUUGGAUAAGAGCAAAGGUGUCAAAAUUGCUCGUGGAGCUCAAGGUGCUAUUCCCAGCCAGAAGAAACAACCGAAACAGCAACCCACAGUUGUGAAAAGCAUCCCUGUGUCUGCUAGAGCACCAGCAACCGUGAAGAAGACCAAAACUCUAGCUUCACAUGGGGCGUCCUUUCCAUCAACAGUCACCUCUAGCGGCCUUGUUGGCACAGGCAAUGCUGGUGUGCUGAGUAAAGCAAUAUAUCGGAAGCCACCUGGCCCAGGGACCACAGGCAAACAAAAUAGGUGCCAAGAAAUUAUGGCCCAGAAGCAGCAUGCUAUGAGCUCAAAUAGUAGCGCAAUGGCCAGGAAUGCGGCUCCCGGCGUAGGAACACCAGCCAGGAAUGCGGCUCCGGGCGUCGGAACACCAGCCAGGAAUGCGGCUCCGGGCGUCGGAACACCAGCCAAGAAUAUAGCUCCUGGUGCCGGAACACCAGUUAGGAAUACGGUUCCAGCCACCAGAACACUAGCUAAAAAUAUGGCUCCUGCCACCGGAGUACCGGCCAGGAAUGCGGCUCCUGGCACUGGAAUAACACCAGCCAGGAACUUGCUUACCAGCACUGGAACACCACCAGCCAGGAACUCGCUUACCGGCACUGCAACACCACCAGUCAGGACUGCGGCUCCUUGCACUGGAACACCACCAGUCAGGAACGCGGCUCCCAGUGCUGGAACUCCACCAGGCAGGAACUCGCUUACAGGCACCAGAACAUCAGCUGCCAGUCGCCAAUAUACCCCAGUGGUGAAUGGGGCUAGCAAGGGGAAUCCACCUGCCAGCCAAUAGCCAGGUGAACAUGGUAAAUGCUGUAAUAAUGCUCCUAGGGGCAAUGUGAAUAGUCACACUCAUAAACAUCAUUAUUGUUUCUCUCCCCCUGCGUUCACUCCAUUCUUUUCCGAAUCAAGUUCCUGAGGAAUACAUUAGAUUUGAUUGAUCUUUAGAGUACCACUAAUAAUUAGCAGAACUAAAUUAUUAGGGGUAGGUAUUAAAUCUUGGUUUACGAUCAUAAUUGCCUUUUUUUAA